AUACACCCCUAUUUAUUGUUAAGAGGGCAAAAAUCACUUGUACUGUGCCUCGUGAGAUACACGAGCUUAUCUUUCUGUUUCUACCUCCUUUGCUUCUUCAACUCCAUAUCUGCGAAUUCAUAGUCAUGGAGAACGGUACUACUACAACAAGGAAAAUAUGGAACUUUAAGGAGACUGAGAAGUUAGAAAGUGCACCGAAUCUCACCAUAAGAAUUGUCCUUGACAAGUUGACGUCUUGCCUCAACACUGCUGAUACCCGACCGGUUAUCCCUCUCUGCCUUGCCGAUCCUUCUGCUUUCCCCUGUUUCCGGACUACACCAAUCGCCGAAGAUGCUAUUGUUGAUGCUGUUCGCUCUGCCAAAUUUAACUGUUAUUCGCCCACUGUCGGCAUCCUUCCUGCUAGAAGGGCGGUAGCAGAAUACCUUUCUCAAGAUCUCCCAUACAAGUUGUCCCCGGAUGAUAUUUACUUGACAAGUGGAUGUAUUCAAGCAAUUGAAGUACUUUUGAGUGCUCUUGCGCGUCCAAACGCAAAUAUUCUACUUCCCACUCCUGGAUUCCUUUUUUAUGAAGCUAGGGCUGCAUUUACCCAUAUCGAAAUGCGCCACUUUAAUCUUCUCCCGGACAAGGAGUGGGAGGUGGACCUUAAUGCGGUUGAGUCUUUGGCCGAUGAAAAUACCAUGGCUAUAGUUAUUAUUAAUCCUGGGAAUCCUUGUGGCAAUGUCUACACAGACCAUCACUUGAAGAAGGUGGCAGAGACGGCAAGAAAACUUGGAAUUUUAGUUAUUUCUGAUGAAGUUUAUGCUCAUCUCACUUUUGGAAGUAGACCAUUUGUGCCUAUGGGAGUCUUUGGAUCGAUUGCCCCUGUUAUUACUCUCGGAUCCAUAUCAAAGAUGUGGAUUGUCCCUGGUUGGCGACUUGGUUGGCUUGUUACAAAUGAUCCAAAUGGUAUACUAAAAGAGCAUGGGGUCAUAGAUUCCAUCACGGGAUAUCUCAAUAUAUCUUCUGACCCUGCGACUUUUAUUCAGGGGGCAAUUCCUCAGAUCCUUAAGAAUACAAAAGACGAUUUCUUCUCUAAAAUAGUAAAUAUGCUAAGAGAAGAUGCAGAUUUCUGUUAUGAAAGAAUCAAGGAUAUUCCUUGCAUCACUUGCCCAAGUAAACCUCAAGGAUCUAUGUUUGUGAUGGUUCAACUUCAUUUGAAUCUUCUAGAAGACAUCGAAGAUGACCUGGACUUUUGCGCAAAGCUGGCUAGGGAAGAAUCUAUGAUAAUUUUACCAGGUAUUGCUGUAGGACUCAAGAAUUGGCUCAGGAUAACCUUUGCAUGUGAGCCAUCAUAUCUGGAAGAUGGGUUCCAGAGACUAAAUGCUUUCUAUAAAAGGCACGCCAAGAAACAAUAAGCUACUGUCUGAGAAACAGCCGUUAUAUCUGUUACCGUCCCCUGAUAUGGAGGACGCUGCAAGAUGAAAUCAGAUAUUUUCUUCCUACAACCUAUGGUCCUGGUUCGUCAAGAGAACCUGCAAUCUUGAGUUAAGAGUACUCAAAAACUAAACAAUUUUCUGUUUUUUUUUUUUUUAUUGAAUUCAAGUAACUUUAAAAAUAAUGUUGGUGGAUAUCUCUGCUUUGCGGAGUGGCAAUUGAUCUUCAACUACUCGUUGACCCUCGGUGUGGUGUACGAACAAUAGCUCAUACAUAAGUUGGCUAGAUUUUCAACAAUUUUGUCGAGUCAUCAGAGGAAUGUUAUAUGUUAUUCAGAAUGGUGGUAUCAGCUAAUUCCGGAUUAUCACAGACAAUAUCAUUCUGGGGAAUAUCAUCCGGAACUCCUGCUAGUGAAUAUCAAUAAUGCACCAUUACUAGUGAAUGUGUUUUUAAGAUAGCCUUUAACUAGCAAAGCUAGAACACGUGUUUGUGAAAUGUGCAGAUUGUUUAAUAUUGUUGGGCACAAUUGGUUGCUAAGUAAGGACAAUCUUCGAUCUUA